AUUCAGCACCCAACAGCUUCCUUAAUAGCAAAGGUAGCAACAGCCCAGGAUGAUAUAACUGGUGAUGGUACGACUUCCCAUGUCCUAAUCGUUGGAGAGCUGCUGAAACAGUCAGAUAUCUACAUUUCUGAAGGCCUUUAUCCCAGAAUAAUUACUGAAGGGUUUGAAGCUGCAAAGGAAAAGGUCCUUCAGUUUUUGGAAGAAGUCAAAGUCAGCAAAGAGAUGGACAGAGAAACACUUAUAGAUGUGGCCAGAACAUCUCUUCGUACUAAAGUUCAUGCUGAACUUGCAGAUGUCUUAACAGAGGCUGUAGUGGACUCCAUUUUGGCCAUUAGAAAACAAGAUGAGCCUGUUGAUCUCUUCAUGAUUGAGAUCAUGGAGAUGAAACAUAAAUCUGAAACUGAUACAAGCUUAAUCAGAAAGCUUGUUUUGGGCCACGGAGCAUGGCAUCCUGAUGUGAGGAAAAGGGUGGAAGAUGCAUACAUCCUCACAUGUAGCAUGUCAUUAGAAUAUGAAAAAACAGAAGUGAAUUCUGGCUUUUUUUACAAGAGUGCAGAAGAGAGAGAAAAACUUGUAAAAGCUGAAAGAAAAUUCACUGAAGAUAGAAUUAAAAUAAUAGAACUGAAAAGGAAAGUCUGUGGUGAUUCAGAUAAAGUAUUUGUUGUUAUUAAUCAAAAGGGAAUUGACCCCUUUUCCUUCGAUGCUCUUUCCAAAGAAGGCAUAGUAGCUCUGUGCAGAGCUAAAAGGAGAAAUAUGGAGAGGUUGAUUCUUGCUUGUGGUGGGGUAGCCCUGAAUUAUUUUGAUGACCUAAGUUCUGACUGCUUGGGACAUGCAGGCCUUAUAUAUGAGUAUACAUUGGGAGAAGAGAAAUUCACCUUUAUUGAGAAAUAUAACAACCCUCGUUCUGUCACAUUAUUGAUCAAAGGACAAAAUAAGCACACACUCACUCAGAUAAAAAAUGCAGUAAGGGAUGGCUUGAGGGCUGUCAAAAAUGCUAUCGAUGAUGGCUGUGUGGUUUCAGGUGCUGGUGCUGUGGAAGUGGCAAUGGCAGAAGCCCUGAUGAAAUAUAAGCCCAGCGUAAAGGGCAGGGCACAGCUUGGUGUCCAAGCAUUUGCUGAUGAAUUGCUCAUUAUUCCCAAGGCUCUUGCUCAGAACUCUGGUUUUGACCUUCAGGAAACAGAUUGA